UUCCCUGCGCAGCGGAAACAUGGCGGCGGCGAGGCACUGAGCAGCCCCCGCGCUCGGCGGCCGCGCAGACUCAUCCUGAGCAAAACUUCAAGAAUUUGGCUGUGAACUGAAGGAAAAGAUGAACGUCCGUUUUGCUGCCUUUGCUGCUUUCAUGGCAGCCUCGUCCAACAGGCCAGAUGGACGGGGUGACGUCUUAAGCUGCUGUAGAGCAAUCUACCAGCACUCAUCUUCCUGAAAUCUGACUUUAUCAGCAGUGGAAUGAUGGGGAACUAGAGCCCAUGACAGUUCAGUGGAGCCGUUGGCACUUUUGAUAUCUUGACAUCUUCAGUUAUCCAAAAGCAAGCCAGUCCCAGGAUAAGGACAGCAGCAGGUGAUAUAAUGCGGAAACCAGGCCCUCAGAAAGCCAUAGACUGGAAAGAUGGUAAAAAGCACAAGUACGGCCGCCUGUCAGAGUCUCCAUCCCAGUACCAAGGUCACUUCACCUGGGAGAAAUACCUGAAGGAGACAUGUGCCAUCCCAGCUCCUGCCCAUUGCUUCAAGCAGUCAUACACUCCCCCUGCAAAUGAAUUCAAGAUCAGUAUGAAACUAGAAGCCCAGGACCCCAGGAACACAACCUCCACUUGCAUUGCCACGGUGGUGGGCCUGACAGGCGCACGCCUCCGCCUGCGCCUUGAUGGCAGCGAUAACAAAAAUGACUUCUGGCGGCUGGUGGAUUCUGCUGAAAUCCAGCCAAUAGGAAACUGUGAGAAGAACGGAGGGAUGCUGCAGCCUCCACUGGGCUUUCGGCUGAAUGCCUCUUCUUGGCCCAUGUUCCUUCUGAAGACUCUGAAUGGAGCAGAGAUGGCUCCUGUCCGGAUUUUUCACAAGGAACCACCAUCUCCAUCCCAAAACUUCUUCAAGACAGGUAUGAAGCUGGAGGCAGUGGACAGGAAGAACCCUCACUUCAUCUGCCCGGCCACCAUUGGGGAGGUGAGAGGUUCUGAGGUCCUCAUAACAUUUGAUGGCUGGAGAGGUGCCUUCGAUUACUGGUGCCGAUAUGAUUCCCGGGACAUCUUUCCCGUAGGCUGGUGCUCGCUGACUGGAGAUAAUCUGCAGCCCCCUGGAACAAAAGUUGUGAUUCCAAAGAGCCCUUUACCUGCCUCCGAAGUAAACUCGGAGAAACCUAGCAUGCACAGUAGCACAAAGACUGUUUUGGGGCAUCAACAAGGGCAAAGGCGUCGCAAAACAGGGAAGAAGCGUGGUCGAACGACCAAAGCGCUAAUCCAUCACCCCAUGCCUACACCCUCCAAGUCAGUGGAGCCUUUGAAAUUCCCCAGAAAGAGAGGCCCCAAGCCUGGCAGUAAGAGGAAACCUAGGACAUUGCUGAACCCAGCACCCACCUCUCCAACAACCAGUACCCCAGAACCAGACACAAGCACUGUUCCCCAGGAUGCUGCUACAAUCCCCAGCUCUGCCAUGCAGGCUCCCACAGUUUGCAUUUAUUUGAACAAGAACGGCAGCACUGGGCCCCACCUAGACAAGAAGAAAGUUCAGCAGCUGCCAGACCAUUUUGGACCAGCUCGAGCUUCUGUUGUCCUGCAGCAAGCAGUACAGGCCUGCAUUGAUUGCGCUUAUCAUCAGAAAACAGUCUUCUCCUUCUUAAAACAAGGCCACGGGGGAGAGGUCAUCUCAGCUGUGUUUGAUCGGGAACAGCACACUCUGAACCUGCCAGCAGUAAACAGUAUCACCUACGUCCUCCGCUUCCUGGAGAAGCUCUGCCACAAUCUUCGCAGUGACAACCUCUUUGGGAACCAGCCUUUCACUCAGAACAGCCACAUGCAGCGCUCACACGAGUACGACCACGACAGGUAUCUACCAGACAGAAGCAGUUCGUUAGACGGCACUCUGCAGGGACCAGGCCGGGGUACAAAGCGAUAUUCCCAAGAUUCCCCUCCAUACAGUGCUCCUCUCUCCCCCAAGUUACCAAAGAAUGACCGUCACCCUUUGGAAGGUGAAACCUUUGUUCUGGGAGAUGGCCUCCCAGGGCCCUUGGAGCCUCGCCUGGACCCCAUGGACUCUGCCUUGAACUCUGUCAAUUCAUCCAGCCACAGCAGGAGCUCCAGAGACUAUCGCCUGCAAGGAUACAGGCACCUGCACCAACCCUCUAGCCUCACCCAGGGCAGUACCUCUGCCUUGCGUAGGCUUAGCUCUGGGGGUUCCGAUAGAUACCUUGGAUCUCGAGACGUCUCACGGCUCAGCAGCCGCGACCCUUCGUCCUGGACGGUGGAGGAGGUGAUGCAGUUCAUACGAGAAUCAGAUCCACAGCUGGGACCCCAUGCUGACCUCUUUCGAAAGCAUGAGAUCGAUGGGAAAGCCCUGCUUUUGCUGCGAAGUGACAUGAUGAUGAAGUACAUGGGGCUGAAGCUGGGGCCAGCCCUGAAGCUCACUUACCACAUCGACAAGCUAAAGCAAGGCAAGUUCUGAGAGGACGCUUGGCAGGGCGGAUCCUGGAAGCUCCGCUCCCGGCCAUCCAUACCCACGCUCGCCUGCCAACAGGUACGCAUGCACACACACCCACUCACGCCGCAGACGGACGCCUCGCUGACACCCCAGCCCCGCUGCAGGGACCCCCCCGGCCCCCCGCCCGCGGCCAGGCGCGGGCGGCACUCGGGCAGAGGCUGGCGCGCCGUUGGCCCCGGGGCUUGGCAGAGGACUGGAGCCGUGGGCGUGCUGCUGGAAGCGGAGCCUCUCUCCCUGCUGCCCAGCCGGCGUUUCUCCGUGGGGCUCCCAGUCCCGCUUCCCCGGGAUGGAGCAGCAGCUCUGGGCAGGGACUGGGCGCUCGCCCUGGGCUCAUCUCCCUCGCGCUGUGACUCGGGCGCUCCCAGCCUCGCCUGCUCAGGGCUGCCCUCGGCUCCCAUCCCGUCGGGGGGGCAGCGGGCUGGAUGCUUUGUGCUUCGCGGGGCGGCUGGGGGGACGGUGCCCCCGACCCGCGCUUGGCUCCCGCAGCGCCUGGGUGAGCUCCGAGCGACGGCCACCCCCAGCCCUGUUCUUCCACGCCUGGCGGGAGCCCGGCUGCCCAGCCCUGGGGCCCCCCGCAUCCCCAGCUCUGCCCCUCAGCUCCCAGCCUUCCUCCAGCUGCGGAUGCUGGGCCGGGGAUGGAGCCCUUUGUAUUUAUUUCUGAGUGGGGAGGCCGUGUGGCAGCACCCAGCGCUGCCUGGGAGCGUGGAGUGAGCUGAGGAGCGUGGCUGGGUCUGACGUUCCUGUGGUGAGGAUGGGCCUGGGUCGGCACCAGAGGCUGGCUGGAUGCUGUAGGACUCGACUGAUCCUUCUCUCCUUUUUUUUGAGUUUUUUUUUUUUUUUUUUUUUAUUUUUUUAUAAGGAGUUGUCUGUUUAAAACGAUGAAAUGAUUUUUCUACCUGUCGUUAAACUUGCAACUCUUGGAGAUUAACAGCCGGAGAUGCAAAGGUUCGUCUUCCCAGGGGCCCUCCCAGUCCUCUGGAGUUUUGGUCCGUCCCAGCUCAGCGCGUACAAGAGGGUGUUGGCUCUGGCAAGUCAGAGGGUCCCGGCACGGCACGGUGACCUGUCCUUGCGUUGCUCCUCCUGCAAGGGCUUGGCCCUGCCCGCUGGCACCUGUUUGUUUCAGACAGUCUAAUGUAUUUAUUUUUGAUGGCACUUGAGCGGUAACUUGCUGUCCCAGACGUGUUACUGCAGCUGUGAGAGGAGUUUCGGAGCGGAGGCCGCCCCGCCGUGUCCCCGGGGCAGCAGGGGCAGCGUCACCCGCCGGGGCUGGGACCAGCUGGGGAAGGGCGGGGGGCGAGAGGCGAGGGCUGGCGCCCACGGGUGCCCACCCACCCACCCCCCCCAGCCGGCUCCCACCCUCCCACACGCUGCCCUUCCGCAGUGCCCCAAGGGCCGGGCCGGGCAGCUCGGCUGCAAGCACUUCUUUCUCCCCCGUGUUCAGCUCACCCUCUGCGCAUCCAGAGCAAUGGCUCGCACCCUCUUCCCUGCCACCCUUGAGGGCCCUGGCCAGCCGCAGAGCGGGCCCCCGUGGCAAACAACCCUCCAGUCUCUUGCACUGGGUCAGGUUUACCCCUAAGGGGAAAAGUUGCAAAAAAGAAGAAAAAAAAAAAAAAAAAAAAAAAAACCCACAACCCCAAAGUAAUAAAAAAGCUCUUUGUUAUAGAGCAAAGGCUGUGCUGCAGUCCCGGCCGCUGCAGCAGUGUGGGCGGAGGGAGGUGGGGCUCUGGCCACUCGCUGAGCCCCAUCGCUCACAGCAUUGGCCCGGGGACACCCCUCGUUUAUACCCGACGCUGAUCCCGCUGCAGACAGGUCCCCGUGCCGGGGUCAGCCAGUGCUUUCCUCUGCACUUAUUUUACGUUGAUUUGUUUAUAAAUAAAAGGAUAACUGCGUUCCGCA